CUAGCUUCUGUGGACGAAUCGGAGGCCUCGGAUUUAGCCAACGCUCCGAUUUGGGGAGAGACGCCGCACCCAUCAAAACGGGCCGGUAGGAGGUCAAGGAGUAAUUUCCGUUUCCGGUGGUCAAAAGUCAAAAAGAAUGUAAACACGGGACCCAAGGCUCGGGUUUAGCUGGGAUCGGGUUGACCCGGGCUACGGGUCCGUGCUGGAAGCCCGAGGAAGAGGAGACGGAGCGAGUGGGUUUCCGAGUUAGGGGGGAAAGGAGCUCCUGGAGUCUGAGAGUUGAGGCGGCGCGCUCAGAAUGGCUUCCUUUGGAUGGAAGAGGAAAAUUGGCGAGAAGGUCUCGAAGGUGACUUCCCAGCAGUUUGAGGCUGAAGCUGCUGAUGAGAAGGAUGCCAGUGAGAAUGAAGAAGGCGGCUGGCUCCACGCGGUUAAACGGAGGAAAGAAAUCCUCCUUGAAGGCUGUGCCGAGAAAAGUAAACAGCUGAAGGAGGAAGGAGCAAAUCUGGCUGAAAAUAAAAGAUAUCGAGAAGCAAUUCAGAAAUGGGAUGAAGCACUACAGUUAACCCCAAAUGAUGCUACCCUGUAUGAGAUGAAGUCACAGGUCCUCAUGUCUCUUCAUGAAAUGUUCCCAGCAGUUCAUGCCGCAGAAAUGGCUGUCCAAAGAAAUCCACAUUCAUGGGAGUCUUGGCAAACUUUGGGACGUGCCCAGCUUGGAUUGGGAGAGAUAGUUUUGGCAAUUCGAAGUUUUCAAGUAGCCCUUCAUAUCUAUCCAAUGAACCCUGAAAUAUGGAAAGAAGACCUUUCUUGGGCAAGAAAACUUCAAGAGCAGCAGAAAGUAGCACAGAGGAUUAAGAAAAAUGAAGCACCCAUCCAAACAACACAUUUAUCAUCCAAGUCAAUUCCUGACUAUGACUUUGAAAGUGAUGAGAUAGUUGCUGUAUGUGCUGCUAUUGCUGAAAAGCAGAAGACAGUGCCAGCAAAUAAAACAAUGGUUAUUGUAUCUGCUUCUGGGACUGUAGAGACCGUAACUGAGGAGGAAGAUGGGGCCGCGCCACCAGAUGGCUCUGUUUUUAUCAAAGCCCGAUGAAGCAGAGCAGGAAUGACUUGAAUCUGUCUUUUGACUGCCUCUUAAAAGACUUAGAUAUAGAGACAUUUUCUCUGGAGAAACAGGACAAAACUCCUGUUUAUAAAAUAAGUCUUUCAGAGGAGGCAUAUAAGAAUUAAAUGGUAGAAUUAUAUUGUAUAGUGUUUGGACUAUGCUUUGAUAGGGUAUCAUUUAAACUCCUUAAGAUUAGAAAUCUGAGUACAGUGGUUUGCAACUAACAGAGUUAAUUUAAUCCAGAUAUAUAAGUGAAUACAUUUUAAAGACACAACCUGAAAAAUUCUCAGUGAAUAGUUUGAUGGCCAGUGUUAUUAAAAUGUUGACUCUUUGAUGUUUGCUUUAUGAUUAAAGGAUGCAGAUAAUUUCUUUCCCUUUUAGAAAUAUGCACUCUCUAUUCAGUUUUCUGGUUUUUUUUUUGUUUCAUUAAAGUAUGUCAUAAACUUUGAAUAUUUUUGAUAUUCAUUUUGGUUUGAAGUUGUCAUUUGGUUAUUUGUGAAUUUGAAAGUUCAGCGGAAAAUGCAUGCUAAUGUGCACAUUCUGAACAUUUUUCUGGUUGGUUUUAAUUUUGAUUUUGACUAUACUUGCUCUUAAGUUAUUACAGCAGGUAGUUGUUGCAUUCAGUAUUUAUUAGCUGUAUAAAGCACUAGUGUUAGAAUGAUGGUUUAAUUAAAGUAGAUGGAGUAAUCCUUA